UAGGCCUGGAAUAGGCUAUUCUGUCCAAAGUGGGAUUAAAAAGACAAGUGACAGGAUGCAAUUUAUGCUUUACCUGACACUCUUAGGUGUACUUGGCACCACCAUGGGGAUGAAUGAAACCACGAGGCGCCAAGCCAACGUAACAACAGAAGAGGGAGAAGUACAGCAAUGCUCAAGCUGCGAGUUCAGAGAACAGAGCAGACAAAUGAGACUCCACAACAUCCGAUCCCAAAUUCUCAGCAUUCUGAGGCUCGAGCAGGCUCCAAACAUCAGCCGAGAAAUGAUCAGGCAGCUCUUACCGAAAGCGCCUCCCUUGACACAACUUAUAGACCAGUAUGAGCAUCGUGUGGAGGAUGAGGAGCGUGCCACCACUGAAACGAUCAUAACCAUGGCAAAACUUGGACCAAUGUCACAACAAGACGGAAUACCAUCUUGUUGUUUCUUCAAUCUCAGUCCGAAGAUUCGACCUAACAACAUUUUACAUGCACAACUUUGGGUGCACCUGCGACCAGCCGACACAGUCACAACUGUCUUCUUGCAAAUCUCCCGCAUAAAAGCAACCACUGAGGGAAACUCGCGCAUAAGGAUCCUCUCCCUGAAGAUCGAUGUGGCUUCUGGUGCAAGCUCUUGGCAAAGUGUAGACAUCAAUCAAUUACUCAAAACCUGGCUUCGUCAGCCAGUAACUCAUUAUGGUCUCGAGAUCAAAGCUUAUGAUUCGAAAGGGCAGGACUUGGCUGUCACGGUAGCGGAGCUGGGAGAAGAGGGACUGCAACCCUUCGUGGAGGUGAAGAUAUUGGAGAACCUAAAACGUUCCCGGAGGGCCUCAGGCCUGGACUGUGAUGAAGAGUCCUCAGAGACACGGUGCUGCCGCUACCCCCUCACCGUUGACUUUGAGGCCUUUGGGUGGGACUGGAUCAUUGCCCCCAAACGCUACAAGGCCAACUACUGUUCUGGAGAGUGUGAGUACAUGCACCUCCAGAAGUACCCCCACACUCACCUGGUGAACAAGGCUAACCCCCGGGGUACGACAGGGCCCUGUUGUACUCCAACUAAGAUGUCCCCCAUCAACAUGCUCUACUUCAACCGCAUGGAGCAGAUCAUUUAUGGGAAGAUACCAUCUAUGGUGGUGGACCACUGUGGCUGCUCCUGAGAGGGAGGAUGAGAGGACAGGACAACACACACACACACACACACACACACACACACACACACACACACACACACAGACACUGUGUUGUGUAAUGAGUUAAAAAGUUAUCCCAAAGUGAACCCUCUUACAAGAAUCCAUAAUAUUUUUGCAUAAAAGGCUACAAGAGACAUGUGGAGUUUGAAAAACAUGAACCCUUUGCUCUGAGUGAGGACAUGAACUGCCCAUACUCUCCCCCCUGAGGUUCGUUCCGCAAUGUGGCUGGAACUGCUAUAAACAUUUAAGGACACAUAACACAAUUGUCAUUGGAGUGCAAAAUCUGCACUGAAACAGAUGUCCCCGAUAUCGUGGAUCACAGGAUUUUGGAACAGCUUGGUGGUCCUCAGAACACAGUGUCACAUACAGAGCUAUUCUAUUAGCCUACAUGAAUUUAAACCAAAAAUGAUAUGUUCCUUAUGUAGCUAAAUGUUUUAGGCCUAUAGUCAUAUUAUAUUGUGAUCAGUUUAGCCUACAGAUUAUGAUAGGAAUAUUAUGUUUUGCAUUAGAGCUUCCCUAGUGCUAUAUCAACUCAAAUACAUUUUUAUUUGUCACAUGCGCCGAAUAUUACUGUACUGUUGGAGCUAGGAAAACAAGCAUUUCGUUAAAUAUGUGUAUGUGACCAAUAUUUGUAUUUUAUUUACUACUGGUGUAAACUGUAACAUGAAAUGCUUGCUUACAAGCCCUUCCCAAUGAUGCAUGAGUUUCCAAAUAAUAAUAAAAAUAAAAUAGUAACACAAGAAAUAAAAUAAAAUACACAAGAAUGGAGCUAUUUACAGAGAGUACCAGUACCAGAUUAAUGUGCAGCGGUACAAAGUAUUUCAGGUAGAUAUGGAAACUCAGCAAAAACAGAAAUGUCCUCUCACUGUCAACUGCGUUUAUUUUCAGCAAACUUAACAUGUGUAAAUAUUUGUAUGAACAUGACAAGAUUCAACAACUGAGACAUAAACUGAACAAGUUCCACAGACAUGUGACUAACAGAAAUGGAAAAAAAUGUGUUUGUGAACAAAAGGGGGGUCAAAAUCAAAAGUAACAGUCAGUAUCUGGUGUGGCCACCAGCUGCAUUAAGUACUGCAAUGCAUCUCCUCCUCAUGGACUGCACCAGAUUUGCCAGUUCUUGCUGUGAGAUGUUACCCCACUCUUCCACCAAGGCACCUGCAAGUUCCCUGACAUUUCUGGGGAGAAUAGCCCAAGCCCUCAACCUCCGAUCCAACAGGUCCCAGACGUGCUCAAUGGGAUUGAGAUCCGGGCUCUUCGCUGGCCAUGGCAGAACACUGACAUUCCUGUCUUGCAGGAAAUCACGCACAGCAGUAUGGCUGGUGGCAUUGUCAUGCUGGAGGGUCAUGUCAGGAUGAGUUUGCAGGAAGGGUACCACAUGAGGGAGGAGGAUGUCUUCCCUGUAACGCACAGCGUUGAGAUUGCCUGCAAUGACAACAAUCUCAGUCCGAUGAUGCUGUGACACACCGCCCCAGACCAUGAUGUAUCCUCCACCUCCAAAUCGAUCCCGCUCCAGAGUACAGGCCUUGGUGUAACGCUCAAUCCUUCGACGAUAAAUGCGAAUCCGACCAUCACCCCUGGUGAGACAAAACCGCAACCCGUCUGUGGAGGGCACUUUUUGCCAGUCCUGUCUGGCCCAGCGACGGUGGGUUUGUGCCCAUAGGCGACGUUGUUGCCGGUGAUGUCUGGUGAGGCCCUGCCUUACAACAAGCCUACAAGCUCUCAGUCCAUUCUCUCUCAGCCUAUUGCGGACAGUCUGAGCACUGAUGGAGGGAUUGUGCGUUCCUGGUGUAACUCGGGCAGUUGUUGUUGCCAUCCUGUACCUGUCCCGCAGGUGUGAUGUUCGGAUGUACCGAUCCUGUGCAUGUGUUGUUACAUGUGGUACCCUGAUGAAGACAGCUUGUCUGUCGAAACGUUGGUAAUUAAAUAUUUUUGCAUCUGA